AUGCAACAUUCUGUUGAAGAAUUUAACUUUAAAAUUCAUAUUUUGCAUAAUCAAAAUUUUUAUAAUGAUAAUGAUAAGCUUAAAUAUGAAAAGGCAACAAAACUCUUACACAGUCAAAAAAAAAGUAAAGUUAUAGAAUUGGCAUGCUAUACUUCAAAUAAAUUUGCUGCUCACUGCUAUUCUCUUGAUUUAACAAUAGUUGGUCAGUGGGUUAAACAAUUUUCACAAGACCCCCCUCUUCAAAAGAGUUUCCGAAGGGUUGGUUCUAGACAUCAUGCAUUGUUUCCUAAAGAAGAAGCCCAACUCUAUGAAUGGAUAAUGGAGCUUCGUAAAGAUAGUUUUGCAGUUAAUCAUUCUAAUAUUAAAACAAAAAUGGUUGAAAUUAUGAGAUCAAGUGCAAGACUAGCUCAAGAUGAGGCAGAGAAGUUAGCAAUUGCUAAUUUUAAGUUUUUACAGCAUUGGCUUGGUCAUUUUUUAAAAUGUUACGACCUUUCUCUUCGCCACAAGACUAAUAUUAUGCAAAAGUUGCCUGAUGACCUCGAGAAUAAGCUAUUAAAGUUUCAACAGCUUGUUAUUUGCCUCUGCCAGAAAAAUAAUUAUUCUCUUG